AUGGAAAUGACAACUAACGGUGAAAUCCCUAAUAUUACUGCUAAUAUAAAUGACACUUCUUCUGAAUUAGAUAAUCUAAAACAUGAUCUUCGCUCUAUUCAAGAGCAACAUGAAGAGAUGCAAGCGUUAAUCAUAUCUAGAGACACAGCAGCGAAUGGUUCUGUGAAAGAUAUUCUAGAUUCCUUAAAGACAAUCUCUUAUAAUCAAACUGUACUAGAAAAUAAAUUAGAAGACGCUUUAAAAAAUCAAAUGAAUACUGAUAUUCUUGUGAAUACUAUUAACGAACAAUUACAAUCGGUAGCACAGACUGUAUUAAAAUUACAAUCUUCCUCCAUAUCUCCAACUAUGGUAUCUACUCGUACACCGGAACCAUUGUCAGCUACUAGCACGUCUUAUAAUUCAACAAUGACCUCUAAGAGAGGACCAGGAAGGCCUAGAAAAGAUAAUUCAUCACUUCGUCAUAAUAGAGAAUCAGGUGGAUUACAAAAAUUAGCACCAGCUUCACAAAAUGGAAAGACUCCACUUCCAUCUGGUGAUGUAACUAUAUCGAAAUCAAAGAGAUAUUUCACAGAUCCAAUGACUAUUUCUUCAAAUAGUAUAAGGACAAGAAAAAUAUCAAAGACUUUGGACUCACCCACUAUUAGUAGUACGAAUAGUAUCACUACAAAUAACAUCGCACUUCCUUCUGCUACUGUUGCGGCUACUAGAUUAUCAAAGUCGGCCGGAGAUGCUAUAUCGGGUUCAUUCUCAACUCCAACACCAAAAAAGAGAAGAGGAAGACCUCCUAAAAAGAGAACAGUAGAUACGGUUAUAAUAACUGCACCAGAUAAUGAAGAAGAUGAGGGGGAAGAUGAGGAAGAUGAGGAAGAUGAGGAAGAAGGAAGUAAUAUUUAUCAAGAUGAACAUUUGAAUGGCGUAAGGCCCAACAUUAGAGUAAGACUCAGCUCGUUAGAUAACGGCGAUUUAAAGACCGUGAAAAAGGAAAUAACAGAUAAAUACGAUAACAUACAAUCAUCUACUGAAAUAACACCCAUGACCACUCCCCUUAAUACAAGUCGCUAUGCUACCAGAAGUCACACGGCAAGAUCUCAGAAUACUGGUUCCGUAGUUUCAGUUGGUGAAUCGAGUGCAGAAGAAGGUGAUAACCAACAUGGGUUUGAAGGUGAAGAAUAUGCUAGCGAAGAAGAAGAAGAUCAAAGUAAUGAUGAUAAUGAAGACGGUGAAUACCAAGAACACGGAAAGAAAACAACCAGUGAACUCGACACAGAUGAAAAUGGUAUAAGUAAGAAAGAGCGAACUAGUAAAGGAAAGGAAGCAAAUUCAGAGCUUAAUAGACAACAGAGAGAACUCGAAAAACUACGUAAUCCGCGUGAAAAGAUGCUAGUGAGUUUGAAGUACAACGAUAGAGACAGAGCUAAAUCCUUUAUAAAAUCGAAUCAAAAACUAUUACAGGCUAUGAGAGACGAGGAAAAAAGAAGGAAAUUGAAUGCCUUCGCUCUCGAGAGCAAAGCAGCAAGCGAUCUAUCGAUGCCAACACCAAGACUUACUUCAAAUAAGAUUUCUUCAGCACCUGCAUCAACCCGUAUGCGUGUGUUAAGUUUAUCAUCAGCACAAGACAAUAAACAUCAUGGAAAGCCACCUAUUGGUCCUUCUAUCAACGAGGUGAUUAUUUCAGAGUCAGAUAUACGGGCUCGUGGUGAAAAAUCCUCAAAUAAUGAACCCGCCGAAAGUGCUAAUCUAGAUCCAGAGGGAGAUGGCAUAGAUACAUCUGUUCCUAAGAACAUUCAUGUAUUUGCUACUUCGGAUGCAAAUGACGAAGGCAUUAAAAGCGAACAAGGAGUACUAGCUACCCCUAGCGUAGCCAAAAAUAACACAUUCAAGGACUCUCCUGUUGCUUCAGGAAAGAGAAGAAGAACUAAUUCCUUAACAUUCAAAGUUGCUGAUGGUUCUAUUCUUGAACCUGUUGAAAAUGAAACUUCUGAUCACAAUAAAUUGGGAAAGAAGAAAAAGAUAAUGGCAUCGUCUCCUCCACCAUCUGAUAUGCCUGUCGUAUCAACUAAACCGGUGGCCUCCUUAUCAGGUGCAAAUAUGAGUAUGACCUCAGUUAUUCCGUUAGGAAAUAAAACUCUUGAUGAGUCUAAAGGUAGUAAGGGACCACAAGAUGCGACAAUAAUACACGGCAGCUCUACCAGUCGCAUUGCAGCAAGUGAUUACCAAACCACAUUAUUACUCGGUGCACCAAUCGAGUUAGUAUGUAAGGAUGGGUUCUUUUUCCGUCGUAACGCUCCAAAGGUUCCAAUUACUACUGGAGCUUAUCUUGAGUUUAGAUUCAUAUCCAAAGAGCAGGAACUUCUCAAAUCUAACAAGGGAAAUGUGAAGAAAGAUAAUGGAAAGGGGUUUAUAGUUGCAACACUACCAAAACAAGAUCGUAGCAAUUCGCUAUCGUUCAAGAAUGCUGUAUCAUCGGAGACAGAAAUGUCAUUCGAUAUACUAGGGAAAACUACUUUAACUGAGAAAUAUGUCAACUCUCUGGAAUAUUUCUUGAUGGAAUUUAGAUGGGAGAACAAAUUAAUUGGGUUAGGUUUGAAAUUGAGAGAGUCAAAGAGAACAUGGCAACGGAGAAAGGCUUUAUUCGCACUUUUCGAAUUUUGGAGAGAUCAAUCGAGGGAUAAGAGAGGAUUUCCAAACUACACAAUGCUACACGCAGUAAAAGAGAUGGAAAAUUAUAGAAUAUUCAUCAAUCGAUCUGUUUCAUGGUUUUAUAAUCAUAUUACGUUAUUGAAGAUGAUUCUGUACGACCUAUGUUACAAGACAGACUCCCAGUGGAGAGAGUGGAUGUUCCCCAAAGAUUCAAAGUUACCUGUUUUAGGAGAUACUUUGGAUGACGGUACAAUAAUUACAGAAGAGAAUAUAAAUGAAGUUAUUGAUAAUUUGCUUGUAUUUGAUUUCCUAGAUGAUGGUACAAUGAAUAGGCAAGUUAAAUCUUCGAAGGUUAUUGUUCCAGAACAUACAAAGUAG